AUGCCGCUCCUGAAGAUAUGGAAUGCAGACUGCAGCAUGAAAAAAAUGGCACAAGCAAGCAACCUUCUAGAGGUGCUAGCACAGGCACAAGAGAAAGGCAUUUGCCAGUCAGAAAAUGCAAAGGUUUUUUUGAAAGACUGGACACUUCUUGAAGAGGAUGUCUUUCAAGAUGUAUUGAAGGAGCUCCCACUGGAUGAGAGGAUCUUUAUAGUUGCGGAAGUUAUACCACCAGUCGAGCAUGAUUCUUCAGGUAUCUCGCAAGCAGUCCCCGUGACUAUUGUUGAAGAUGAAGUGAGCAUACCCCAGUUCAACUUUCAUUUUGAGAAUCUGCCAAGAAGUGUGCAAGAUGCUUUACAGGCAGCUCAGGCACUUCCUCCCAGAGAAAGGAGGGACCUUGUAAGGUGCAUUGCAUAUGACAUGAUGCAGGUUUCACCACGGCCUAGGAGAGAGUUUAUCCGCAGUGUCACUGAGGCUAUAGUAAGGCGAUUUCCUGUUUGCCUUCAGGACCGCACAGUCAAUGGCAAGGUUCUUGGUUGAGGAUACGAUUCGCUGUUCCAGCAACUUGAAAACAGAGUAGAGAAUUUGGGUCGUGUGAAGAAGCAAGGAUCACCAUCAAACGUGAAGACCAAGAAACGCUCAUAUGGCUGCGCCAAUUGGCAGCCAGUGUGUGUGCAACCAGUCGAAACCAUAGCUGAAAAGGUUCAGUUUCUUAAAGAGGAGGGCCAGAAGACACUGCGAGAAAUUAAUGUAACCUUGGCACAGACCUGUAUGGACGCAACUUAUGGUGAACAGCGAACGUUUAUAAAUUCUGAUGCACCAGUCCACAGCACAGCAGAAGUCAAAGAGGAAUGGGCAUUGCCCUUCCACAAGCCCUUUUUUUACAAACAUGCCUGUCAGCUCCUUGGCAAAAAUGUGAAGGUAAGAACUCCUAAUGGCAAAUACUUAUGUCUAGCAUUACCAGUGUUUGCCCAUGCAUUGAG